AAUCACUGUUACGUACUCAAUAGUGUUUUAGAGUCAAUGCUUUUCUCAAUCUAAGCCAAAUGCUGCUAAGAUGUACUUCUGGUUACAUUGAUGUAUACAAUGAAAACUAAUAUCGCAUGGCAGGAUAGGUUAGUGGGACUUAAGUCAAUAUACCCUGCCAAUGUCGAAAGUGACGAGGAUGCAAAAGCCUACAUAAGACAUUUGGCUUCCAGUGAAGAAAAAGUUCAUGACAUCCUGAGUAGCACUGUAUCUGACCAGCUAUUGGCUGACUUGAUACACCUUUUAGAGUUCGAGAAGGAUGUACAAUUUGACUAUGAACGCGGCAAUGAAUCUCUACUGUACCGAGUUAUAUCCACGACGCUGUCUAUACAUUGCAUCGCUGGUAUGAAAAUAAUAACUAGACUUUACUUGCGUGGAUUUCUUAAGAACAUAGUUAUAUGCAUCAUAUUGUACUAUAGGUCUAACUUUAGUGAUGAUACGACGCUUGACGCAGCAUGGAAUGGCGGCCAAUUGGAGGAAUCGAGUGCCACAUUAAGGAUAUGUUCCAGUGUUCUAAGUGUGAUGUCUAAUAACUUGGCUCGAUAUGGCAAAAAUAUUGGAUUUGUUGACCGAACAGAUUAUUACAUUUCUCGUCAGGUCGUUAUUUUGCUACUGAAGUCACUGCUUGUAGCAUCUAAUAGUACAUACGAGCCUAUAUUUCAAUUAUUUCAUUUUAGAAGCGCUUCUCGCGUGUCCAUCAAAAUGCAGUUAUUCAUACUUGAUGUUGUCAAAUGGAUCAACAAGAAACGAACUAUACCUUUAGAUCCUGGGUUACAGGAAUUUUCAUGCCUGGGACUAGUAAAGUAUAUACUACAGCAACUUUGUCUUCUGUGGACAGAAAAGCUACCCUCGGUUGAUAAUCGCACUAUAGUAUCUAUAGCAGCUGCCAUAAUCAAAUCGAUGGAUAUCAUUUACUCUAACGGUGAAGAGCUUGUGCAUUCAGAUUUUGAGCAUACAGAGAUCUAUAUUACCCAGGGUAUAAAUAACAAACUGGGACAGUUGGAUGUUGUAGUCUCCAAGACUGCCAUGUAUUUAGCCCACCAUUUAUCUAAAUGGUCCCAAAGGCGCGAUUCGAUGCUAGGAAACACGAAGCAAGAAACAUUAGAUAUUGAUCUGGAUCAGUUUGUUGACGAACCCGCGGUAUGGUUACCGGUGGCUACCACGGAUGUCCUCGAGGAGCUUAACCCCGCUACGGCGGGUAUUACUGAAACCCAUUCAGUAAAUCAGGGAGAAACAACUGCUGAAACAUGCCCAUCGGUUUCCAUACCGGACACUAACCAAAUGACGGCUAAUACCAACUGUAAAACAUCGGGCCACCAAAUAGAUCCUCUUGUACCAUCCAACGACAAUUCAAAAGCACUGAUAGAUGCUAUAUUUGCUGAUGUCCCAGUAGUUCAGCUGGAAGCUGCACCUCCAGUGUCCAUUGACCUUUGGACAGAUCCACCGCAGCAUAUACAGCAAUGCUAUGAGCGUCUUACAGGCACUCCUGUAGUAUCAGACGUGGAGGUGGGCAAGCUACUGAACAAACCCUUAAAUAAACCACGUGAUAUGCCCACUGAUGCUAGUCGUCGAAUGAUUGCGCAGACAUUGUUUUACUUACCCUCAGUAAUAGAUCGCAACGAGGCUAUAUUGGAUAGAUUUGCAGUAUCAGUGUGCGAAUACGUAUCAAGGAUGGAUAAUCUUAACCUGUAUGAGGAUUCAAUCAUCUCAUUGAUGCACUCUUCAAUGCAUUCACAUGAAUCCCUUAGUAUGUGGGUACAAAUGUUCUCUCACUCUGGUGUCUCCACUCCUGUCAAUACUCAGGCACAUAUCGCACUUAUCAUAAAAUCACUGGUAGUGAAACGCCCUGAAAGAGUCAUUGAGUACAUUUGCUCCACUAUCCCAGACACUGAGUACAGUUUAUAUCAAAAGAUGGUAUUGCUCACGUGUUUGCAAUCAGGAUGUCUUUCCUUGAGUGGAGUUAAUGAGGCUCAUUUGGGCACUUCGGUAGUAACCCAUUUGACACGCGUAUCAUCAGUAAUGGAUACAGUGUCUGGAAAGUACACUGUUCCUGCAACUCCGAUAUGUAAUAAGCCACUUCGGAUAACUCCUAAAGCUGCUACCUCCGCUUGUAGCAUAUCAUUGUUAAGUGACCAGCUCAACUCAGCCGAGAUACAAGAACGAAGCCCCGUAAUACCACAAAAGCAGAACGUGCUUAUAGAGGAAGUGGAUACAGCAGGGAUGGAAGAUAACAACGUAUCGGCACAAGCAGUCAUUUCAAUACCGUCACCAUCGGUUGUUACCUGCCGGAGACAGUCACAGUCCAUUGCAGCACCUAUCGGUGCAAAUAACCACUUUGCUGCUGUGGCCAAUAUGGCUAUAUCGUGGUUGUUGGAUGCAAUUCACAAGUGCAUUUUGGCAGAACAAGACUUGAAAGAUGCUGCGACUCCACUGUUGGUGUUGUGUAUGCUCGAUACACUAUGCCUUAUGUUUCAGUGUUCUGGUGGCAGGGUCUCCCCCGCGGUAAUAUCCAGUGCACGGGAACUAUUAUCUGAGGUAUACAAUACAUUACCGAGUGCAGAUAUAUCUGCAAUGUUAGUCCGUUUGUGCAAAAUCAUGGAAGAUUGCCAUUCGGGGAAUAUGGGCAUUAUGGACAUGAGUGCUGAUCUUGCUAUCCAGGAACUCUAGCCAAUAAUUUUCAUUACAUUAGACCACGGUAUUAGAUUGA